AUGAUCUUUACCCUGUACUAUAUGUAUGCCACCUUUAUCCAAUGGUGGAGACUAGGGUCUUUACGCAAUAAAUUGAGUGGUACCAUAAAUUCCCAUAAUGCUCUUUUAGUAUGCAGUGAGACCGUAAUCUAUGAUACUAAAAAAUCUAGGAGUUUUGAAAACUUGCUAUUCAGAAAUGGCGAAAGAAUAGGAUGUACCAUUGUACCUAGACAAAAAGUGAAUUUAUCCCAGUGGCUUGUUUUCCCCAGAGACUAUAGAUAUUUUCCUAUAUUUUUCAAAGCUGUCACCCCCAAAAUUUCGCCUCCUCACGUUUAUAUAUUAAUUCAGGCCAUGCUAGAAACGUAUGUUAAACAUUCCGCAGAUCUUUUAGAGAUAGAAAAUUUUGGCGAAUUAAUAGGUUGGAGAAUAGCAGAUUAUUUUGAGGCCAUUUUAAAGACUGACAUGGAUAAAUUGACAAAAUUAGUCCACUGCUAUUCUCAAGGAAAUAUUGACAUAAACCACGAGUUGAAAUUAUUAAAAAUAGAGACUGUUGAUGUAGACGGUUUGCCCACUAGAAUUAUAUUUGAAAAGAGAUUUUCGACUGACUUCAUCCUAAAAUAUUCACAUGCCCCUGUGCACUGGAAGAAAUUCACGGAAAGCCUUAAAGAAAUUUAUUCAAAAAUACGCGAUUCCACAAACCCCAAAAUAACAAUCGAGAAUGGCAAGUCGGACGAAAGAAAAGUCCCCGUAAGCGAGGUAAAGCCUAUUAAAAAAGAUAGAAGACAUGACGACCGACACACCUUGGAUGUCUCGGGGCACAAAACUGACCAUAAGACUAAAGCUAAGGAAGAAACGUCCAGGAGAAGACCCAGCAGAACCGAAGAAAGUAGUCGGGACCGUCAUCAUAAAAGGGAAGACAAAAGCAAACCCCGUAAAGAUGAAGACGAAAAAGAUGGCGAUGUCAAACAUGAGGAACGAACUAGUCAGCGAAAAGAUGCUGAUAGAGAGAAGCAUCACAGAAAAGAAGAAAAUAGAAGCAGAAGUAGGCAUGACAGGGAUCGUGAAAGAGAUCGGAGUAAGAAACGUGAACGGGAUGAUGCUAAGAACGAUGAAGCAGAUACGUCUACCCAAGCCGUCAAAGAUGCUAAACGUCAUCCUAGCACAGAUAGAGUGAAAUCAAGUAAAAGUAGAGAAGAACCAGAAUGCUCGAAAUCGAAACGCGAGUCUUCCAAAAGUAGAUUAGAGGAAAAAGAGAAAUCAAAAUCAAAAGAAAGAGAAUCUUCCAGCGUAGUUGAUAGUAGUAGAAGCUCUAAAAAUGAUACCAAAUCCAAAGAAUCGUCACAUUCAAAGGAUACGAAACACGAAAAGAAACUUCAGAAGGAAAAAUCUAAAUCUGAUACGCAUCAGAAACCCGAAAGAAGCACUGCGAAGCGAUCUGGAUCUGGGGAUAAAAAGUUGGUCAAAAGAAGUUUGGCAGUGGACGAUACAGAACAUGAUGUGAAAGCAAGUGAGAGUGUGAAAGAAAACGUAGAAAGUACUUCAGGUAGGCGACACGUUUCCCAGAUUUGUCAAAGUGUUUAUUAUUUUUCAAAUUUCAGUGAUAUUUUUGAUAGCAGCUAUAUUGUUCGACUACUUCACCUGUUCAAGAUUUGAAAAGCCAACGAUUUGAAUAAACAGAAUCGCAGUCACUCCCUUAAAACUAAUGAAAAAAUCCAUUUUACUUCCCACCCACGCCACUGGCGAGGAAGCAUUGUAAUCGAAAAUGAGAUUAUAUGUUUUGUUUUUUUUUUGUUUCCGGCGGCCUGUCUCUCCAUCUCUUUAACUUGGAAAGUACCGUUUGGAUUUUGAUGAAAUUUUCGCACAAGGUUACUACUAUGCUAAGGCCAAAUACGAAAAAAGGAAAAUCGCUGAAUCUUCAUUUUUUCACGUUUCAGAGGAUCCUGAUCAUUUUGGAAACUUCUAACUCCAGUAAUUCUAUGCGCCUAUCAGGCAUGUUUCGAACAUACAUUGCCCUUAAAACUGAGAAUGAUAGAAAUAUUUUGCACUAGCCGCUGCUCGAUCUCGGACGAACAUGUAGGUGACGAAUUUUAACCUGAACAGCUGAUCAGACGUCAAAGACAACUUCACCUUUAUUGAAUAUAAAUAAUCAGAUAGUUAUUCAGUUGUGAAAUAGCGAAUAGACGACCACUCUUCUGCGAAUAUGAAUAUAUUUUGUGACAUUUUUAGUACCUUUUCCUCUAGGAAGUAAUACGUACUGAAGUUAUCCUCGAUUAUUUAUGAACAAAAAAUAAUAAAUUUACAAUACUUUUUCUCCAAUCGUGAUCAUUAUAUCACAUGAGGGUUAGCAAACAUAGUAAACCCACCAGAACCUAAGAAAAUUAUAUUUAUAUUCCUCGGCGUUAUGCUUGGCCAAUUAUGGCAUAACAAGAUAUAUAAUGUACUGUAACGAUAACACCUAUUUAAAGUGUAAUCUUUUACUCUUACACUAACUUAUAACAACACUUCGUGGAAGUUACCCAGUUGGAGGUCGAUACAUGAUGUGGGUCGAAACUUCACCUUGACGCCGCGAACGCUCACGUAAUUCUGGUUGCAUAAGCGUCGAUGUACAAGGGUGUCUCACUGGUACGCUAAAAUUCUAUUAUACGAGGGCGCUACAGUACUAUUUCCUUUUAUUAAUUGCUUAUUUUUCAACAUGACGUCAACUUUCCAAGAAAAGAUCACCAAUCAGCCUCUCUCGUAAUUAUUCGUAUGAUUUGUAUUCUCUUAAUUUCGACUAAUGAGGGUGGU